AAUAGAUAAAUAUUAAAACAAUGUGGAAUAUUCAUAAACUCAAAAACAAGCUUAAGCUGUUGUUAAUUUAAUACUAAAAUGAAAAUAAGAAUAACGUUAAACCAAAAAGAGUUUUAUUGUAUUUUAUGUACACACAAAACUUUAUUUACACACAUAAUAUAUCUAUUUAACGAAUGCACUUUAUAGUGGCAGUUUAAAAUAAUGCUUACAAAUGCCUAUAAGUGGUAUAUUUGCCUUAAAUAAAUUUGAAUAUAUUUGUAACAGACACUCUAAUAAAUACAUCGAUAUUUACUAUUGUUUGAUAUAGUUAUUACUGGAACAAAUGUAACUUUUUCUUUUGAAAUAAUUGCAAAGAAAUUUAAUUGUUCUGGUUUUUCCUUUCGUUAAAACCGCAUCAGGUGGUGUUUUCUCUGAUAGAGGAAGCGGUCUGUAUAAAUAAGCAUCACCUCAGCCAUGACAGAUGCGGACCAACUACAGAUGCGGAACAAGCACAUCUAUGAAAACACAUUUCACAUAGUCGCAUUUAUAAUAGUUGUUUGUUGCCGCCAUUAGACUACGGAAAUAUUAAAUAUAUUUAAAUAAAAAAACUAUUUUGGAUUAAACUUCUUUUUUAAAGUUGUAACAGUUGGUGUGACUCUAUGGGGUUUUCUAUGAGUGGUUGCCCAUGUGUUUUAAUAUGGACCGCAUUAUUUAUGUCCUCGGUUGUGGGAUACAGACCGAUCGUUAUUGUUCACGGGAUUUUAGAUGGACCGAAACAGUUCAAGGUUUUGGAGAACUUUAUCAAUCAGUCUCAUCCAGGUACCAACGUGACAACAUUUGCCCUAUAUGACUACGUUGCCAGUUUAAAAUCACUUUGGCAGCAGGUGGAAGACUUCAGAGAUGCCAUCAAAUCUAUCAUGCAAAACGCUGAGGAUGGUGUCCACCUCAUCUGCUUCUCGCAAGGUGGUUUGAUAUGUCGUGGAGUUAUUGCAACUCUUCCAAUGCACAAUGUUCACUCUCUGAUAUUCCUGUCUUCACCACUAGCUGGCCAGUAUGGAGAUUCGUCUUAUCUGAGGUAUUUUUUUCCUAAAUAUAUUAAGUCAAAGCUGUACCUUUUUUGUUAUACUAAAUGGGGGCAAAAGAUAUCUGUCUGCAACUACUGGAAUGGUAAGGAGAUGUGUCACUUAUUAAAAUUCUCUUAUUGUUUUGCAUUUAUUUUAUUUUCAACACAUCCCCUGUCUGUUUCUCUUUAUGUAGACCCACACCAAAGAGAGAGAUAUCUACAGAGCAACAACUAUCUUGCCCCACUGAAUGGUGAAAUAGAGCACGCCAACCUCACAACGUGGCGAGACAGCUUCCUGCGCAUACGUACUCUGGUCAUGAUUGGUGGACAAGAUGAUGGUGUUAUUACACCAUGGCAAUCAAGUAUUUUUGGAUUCUAUGAUGAUAAUGAAACUGUAGUUGAGAUGGAAAAGCAGGAGUAUUACCUAAGAGAUACUUUUGGUCUGAAAACACUGGACUCAAAAGGAGCCGUGGUCAAGUGUGUCGUCCCUAAUGUGCGGCAUACAUCCUGGCAUUCAAACCUCACAGUCUACCAGACCUGCAUAGACAAGUGGCUCACCUAAUCCAUAGACAGAACAAGAAACUAAAGACAAAGAUACACACUAUGCAUGAUUUUCAGUCUGCCCAAAAACCACCUCAAAUCAGUUUUGCUUGUGUGGUAUAUGUUUGUACUGUUAUUAAUCAAUAUGUGUUAUGACGAUGUUACUUUGCAAAUAAAAUGUAAUUAUUUAUGAACUACAUAUGCUAUAAAUGAUUUAAGAUAUUGUUAUGUAAGAGCUUGUGCUAUUUUAAUAUUAUAUACAAGCAGAUUGUUUUUUCCUGCCAGGCUGCCACUAUCCAGUCCAACGUUGUACUAUAAUUAAAGCAGCAUACUGAUUACAGAUCAUACUGGAAAUGUAAAAAUCUAUUAAUAAAACAUCCAUUUGGAAAUGCUCAA